AUGUCAUCGUCGUUGCAAAUCUGGCGCGGCUUAACGCUGGGUUUCAGCGCGGCUGCUGGAAUCGCCGUACUCUCGCUCGGAGUGCGACUCAAGUCGAUAUCGCUUUCCAAGGCUGAUCAAUUUCUCGUGCUCGCCUUCUUUCAACACCCAUUGUCGCCGGUGUUCGAGGUGUUCGGGAUUGCCGUAGGGGCGAUAACCGCCUCCACCCUGAUUCUUCAACCUAUUCUCAGGCUCCUGGUCGGCUUUCUACGCACGGGCGCGUUUACGUCAAUGGUGGUGGUCGAGCUCGUCUGGACCUCGAUUUUGGGGGUUUUGUGGCUCGCAGAGGGCAUUCUCAGCGCACACAUAACGCUGCGAACUCCCUUUGGGGAUGCUUCCUGCGAGUCCGACUUCCUGUCCCCGAACAUUCAACAAGUGUGCAACGAAACACAGGUGUUAGUGGGGAUCUCGUUCGCGGCCUGGAUCGCCCGUGAGUGCCCCGCUCCUCUGAUCUUCGGCGCCACGCUGUGUAUUUCUGUCUUCGUCCCGCUGACCCCUCCCCCUCCCACACUCGCAGUACACACCUACGCAAUCACCCUACUCGUCUUCGCGCUCAACCGGUCGCACAGUGCGCCCGUAUGGACCUCCUCCGUCGUCGGGCGACAUGCCUCUGUGGUUCCCGUGGGAUACUCCGCUUCACAGGACGCUAUACCCCUCGUCACGACGCAGCCACAGCCGAAUCCAUAUCCCGCUCAAGGGGAGCAACAAGUGCUACAGGUGUGCAAUGCAGCGCCGACGCCCGCGCCGAACUCGCGAGGGGACCCGGAUGCCCCGCUUCCCCAGGCUCCAGGCCCGUAUGGCCCGUCAUACGCCGACUCUAGCGCGUCGUUAGGUUAUCAUGGGCACUCACAGCUGUGA